AUGUCUGUAGUGUGCGGAAAUGAUACCGUGCUUUUGCUUAUAGAGCUUUACGAAAGUCGUGACUUGUUGUGGGAUACUUCACACCGUGACUAUCGAAAUAAAAUAAAGAAAAAUGAUGCAUGGGAGGAUAUUGCCAAGGCGCUUAAAUUGCCUAGAAAAGAAAUAGAAACCAAAGUUCAUACCCUGCGUUCGCAAUUUGUCCGAGAAAGGAAGAAAGUGAAAUCGUCAAAAACUACUGGUAGUGGACGAGAGGACGUGAAGUCCAGUGCAUGGUUUGCGUACGAUGCAAUGAAAUUUUUGCUAAAGGGAGCCACAACUUCUGGAAGCUUGGACACUUUGGACACAAACAGUCCACAAAGCCAAAACUCGAUUUCGUCUUCGGAUGAAGAUGUCGUUCUACAUUCUCAAUCUACCGUUCCGGAAUUUCAAUCUCCUCAUCAACUAGAAUCGCAAUCUACCAUUGAUCAAGCAGAGCAACCCACAAUCCCUGCACCAACACCUUCAUCGUCGCGACCAACUCGGAAGAGCCACCCCAAUGAAGAUAGAUUGGAGGAGGCUUAUGAAGUUCUGCAUGCUGCUAAAAACAGAAUGAUGUCCCGAGAUGAAUUCGAUGUUUAUGGACAGUACGUAGGAACUGAGUUACGUGCAUUAAAUGACGAACACAGUAAAGACGUUAUGGAAAACAAAGGACACAAUGUUGUUGUUACUCAGGGCUACUCUGCUGUAGAAUGA